AUGUUUAUUUUGUUCAUUGUAGGCGGUGGAUGGCGAGUGGUAGAAGGUGCUGUUGAGGGACAGACACAAACAGAUCUACCAUCGGUGUUCGAUGAAGCCUACUUUGCUCAUCCAAUCGAUCUUCAUCUUGCCACAAAGACAAUUCAGGGCUGGCCAAGAAUUCAGCUUCAAGUCUGGCAUCACGACAUCUAUGGACGACAGGAACUGGUCGGAUAUGGAUCAUUAUUUUUACCUAGCACUGCAGGAGAGCAUGAGGUGCUGCAGUUGACGUGUCAUAUUUGGCGGCCGAAAGGCUCUACAAGAGAGGAAGUUAUGCAACGAUUCAUUGGAGGUGGCAUACAGGUUUGUCCUUUGAAGUUGAAGGAUGUGUAA